CACGAAGAAGAACACGACUACUGGGUGACAGGCGGAAACGUAGAAGAAGAGAGGACUCAACAUGAGCAGUCACCGUCACCGUGAAGCAAAUAUGAAAAAUCUGUAGCUUACAGUUCAACAUGGUGACACACAACGUAAUGUUUUUUACUGUGUAUGUUAAUUUAAAGAAAUGUCGCGGUUUCUCCCGUUCAUCAGCUGUUUGCACCACGUUUCCAGUCGGGUCAUAACAUGGAGAGUUUCUCCCAGUGUCUCUCUACUGCUCAGGCCAAAGCCUGCCGGACUGACAUGUGUUUUGGCAGCAGGUAAAAAGGACCUCAUAGACCUACCUAUCCUGAAUGAGGACGAGCUUGAAGAGCAGUUUGUGAGAGGAUCUGGACCCGGAGGACAGGCUACAAACAAAACCAGCAACUGUGUGGUGCUCAAACACAUCCCCAGUGGCACUGUUGUGAAGUGCCAUCAAACCAGAUCUGUGGAUAUAAAUCGAAAGCGUGCUCGGGAAAUUAUGCGAGAGAAGCUGGAUGUUGUUUUUAAAGGAGACCUCAGUGAACUUGUUGUAAAGAAGAAAGAGUCUGAGCUGAGGAAAAAGGAGAAAAGAAAGAAAGCAAAUGACAAUCUGGAGAGGAAAAGACUCUUUAAAGAAGGGCUUGCUGCAGACUCCAAACCUGGAGAGGACACGGUCUAAAAAUGUUUGUGUGGAAUAUAAAGUAAAUACUUGUAAGGUUCUUUGCUUACAACGACUGAAUCACAAAACAUGUAAAGUAACUGAUAGCUGUUCUAAAUCACUUUGGCCUUUUUGUGUUAAGCAAGCGGGGAUAAAGAAUAAAGAAACCAGAUAAAAUAAAACAUGUUGGCUCUGUG